AUGACAGCUUUAAUCUUUCUUUUAAGCAUUGACGCAGCACAAGAAGAUGGCAGCCUGGGACGACUUGUCAACGAUGACCACCGUCAUCCGAAUUGCAAAAUGAAGAGGAUUAUGCAUGAGGCCAAACCACACCUCUGUCUGUUUGCUUCAAGGGACAUUCAGCCAGGAGAAGAAGUAACAUAUGACUAUGGUGGAAGUGAUUGUCCAUGGAGAACACAGACUGAGGAACAACCUCCAGCAGCCAAGUCAUCUGAUCCUCACCUGUCCAGACCUGUAGAGAUGACUCCAGAGUCACCUCCAGUACUCGUUGUACAAACUGAGGAACAACCUCCAGCAGCCAAGUCAUCUGAUCCUCACCUGUCCAGACCUGUAGAGAUGACUCCAGAGUCACCUCCAGUACUCGUUGUACAAACUGAGGAACAACCUCCAGCAGCCAAGUCAUCUGAUCCUCACCUGUCCAGACCUGUAGAGAUGACUCCAGAGUCACCUCCAGUACUCGUUGUACAAACUGAGGAACAACCUCCAGCAGCCAAGUCAUCUGAUCCUCACCUGUCCAGACCUGUAGAGAUGACUCCAGAGUCACCUCCAGUACUCGUUGUACAAGUAAGAGUCAGUGUGAACAGCACUGUUUAG